AUGACAUCUAGAAAGAGACACAGGAUAAGUGUAGCGUGUGGGUUUUGUAAGAAAAGAAAGGUUAAAUGUGAUAAGGGUAAUCCGUGUUCAACUUGUCUCAAAUACGGCAAUCUGGAAUGUCAUUAUGAUAUACAUGGUGUUGAUGUUGUAAGCAACAAAGCAAUUGAUGCAGAGGAUAUUGUACAAGAUGAAUUGAAGAUUUUAAAAGCGAAGAUACGGAACCUAGAAGAAACCCUUACGACAGGUAACGAAUCUAAUAAUGAGGAUUCAUCUAAUAAUAAUAAUAUCAAAAACGUGCUAAACGAACUGCCUUUACAUCUGGAAAAUGGAAUUAAUUGCUUUGCAGGUUAUAAUCCAGUUGCAUCUCUGGAUGAUACAAUUAACUUUUAUAAAGGAUAUACAGCUGUUUUCGAUUGUGAACCUGUGAAGAGAAGAAAUUUUGGACCUUUAGCAUGGUUAUCGUUAAUUAAGGUUGAUCCCGCAUUAACUAUGCUAUGGUCAUUUAUUCAUUCGAAGAAAAUGGCAAAGCUGAGGCCUUGCGUAGUAGAUGAUAAUGCUACUUGUUCAAGCCCCGAAAAGCAGUUCAGAGAAAGAGAAAACAAUGAUACGGGAAUCAAUGAUGUCACAUUAUAUAAAGAUGCGCCUCAAAGCCAGUUAUUUACUCCAAAGCUUAUAUCGAAUUCUUCAAAUUCCAGAAAUAAGAUCAAUGAAAAGGCUAUGUCGUUAGGCCUUACUUUUUAUGAUGGAGGAAUUGAUGAAGAAUUGAAACUUAUCGAAAAGAUUGAAUUAGUGUUACCUAAUAAAAGAAUUAUUUGGAAGCUCAUUGAAAGAUUUUUUACUCACUUGUACCCAUUCUUUGCUAUCAUAGACGAACUGUACUUCAAGUCACUGAUUACUCGAUUGCUUGGACCAGAAAGUUUUGAUGAAGAAAAGGUCAGCAAAUUGAAAGUUGAAAAACGAUUAGACUUUGCCUAUUUAGGUUUGUUGUUGAUUGUAUUACGUUUAAGCUACUUGAGUUUAUUCUCAAAUAUAACUACAUUAAAUGAAGCUAAGCUAUACUCAAACGAUCCAUCACCACAAGCCCGAGAAUUCAGAUAUUUGCUAAAUAAUCCUAUCAAUAUUGAUGUGAUAGAUGUAGCUCAGCUAUGCUUGAAUCAAUUUAACUUACUAAGGAAAGCUAAUAUGGCCAUUAUGCAAUUAGCAUUCUUCACUAGGUUAUAUCAUAUGUAUGCGCCUGAAGAUGGUGAUGGGUCAGAUGGAGGUGACUCGCAAGUUUUUAUAGGUAUGUUGGUCCAAAUGGCGAUUUCAAUGGGCUUAAAUAGGGAUCCAGAUAAUUUUCCAGACAAUUUUAAGGAUGAGAAAACGAACAAUUUGGGAAGGAAAAUUUGGUAUCUUCUAUUGAUAAAUGAUAUAAAUAAUGCGAUGGCGAUGGGAUAUCCGAUGACCACCAGUAUUGAAAUAUUUGAUACAAAAGUACCUUAUUAUAAGGAUGGAAAUGCAAAUAUAAAUGAUGUCGAAUUAGAAAAAACUGUCACAUCGUCCUUCGGAAGGAUUGAAGCAUUUUAUGAGCCUAUGUCAAAAUUGCUUAAGAAGAUCUUGAAUGUGAGAGACAAUAUUAAUUUGGAAGAUUUAACGGCUUCUCUUAGUGAUUUAGAAACAAGUUACAUGAGCGAAUACUGCGAUUUAAGGAAAUCUCUAAGGAGUGAAGUUUUAUCUAAAUCAGAUGUUGUAAAAAAGACUUUGAAAAUGAAAAUUUACUUCACCUGCCAUUUUUUUCGAGUUUCUUUAUUUUUCCAUUUUUACAACUAUUACGAACGCAAAAACAAUUAUGAUUUGUCUUUUUUUUAUUUGAAGAAGAUUUUUUUGAUUACCAUACUUGAUUUGAUGCCUUUCUACAAUGAAAUUUUAGAAAGCAAUCAUUUGGUUUUUAGAAAUUCUACAGAUUUGGUUAUAACUCCAAGUUUUGAGCUGGCCAUACAUAAAUCUAUUGUGGUUAUUAUUGCAACAUUAAUCAAAGUUAAAUUGACCAUAUUAGAUUUUGAAUUAAAUUAUAACCAUGAAGAGAGAAUGGUUAACGAUUUAACAUAUAAUCUACAUUUUAAAAAACUAGAAAGGUUUUUAGAACUUCUUGAUAAAAGUUCUAAGGUAUUCCUUGAUAAUAUAUCCAGGUUGAGUAGCAGGUAUUACUUUUCUUGGAGAAUAUCUAAAGCGCAAUACUUUUUGAUGGAUACUGUGUUGUCAAAGGAGUUUUAUGAUAAAAAUAUUGGAAAUUCUAAUGCUUGUUUGAUUAAAUUCUCCAGUCCAAUGCUAGAUGAACUUAUCAAUAUUUUUGAAGAUUCCUUAGCUUCAAUUAAAGAGAAGAAAAAUAGAAAUAAACAUAGUAAUAAAACUGGGGUGCCAGAUUCGAUUCCAUCGUUCGAUAAUGAUACAAAAAAUGGUUCCACCGAUUCUACUAGCUACUACUCAGAUAAUUCCUCUAAUGAUUUUGGUACAAAUGAUUUUAUCCAAAACGUUCAGAUUGAUAGUCUAUGGUUAAAUAUGAUGUCAAUGAAGAAUGAAAAUGCAACCCCUGGAAACCAAUUCAAACACAGCCAAUCAGAUAAUGUGUCACUGGCUCCUGGAAUUGGGGAAUUCAACAAUGUUCCAAAUUAUGCAAACCUUGGCUUCAAUGAUGAUGCUAAUGGUAAUCCAGGGCUUAUGAAUAAUUCCGAGUUUGAUAUAUUUGAAACAUUUCCCUUAGAUGAAUUAUUCAAAAAUUUGAAUUAG